AUGUCACAGCAGUAUAGCAGAAGAGGUGGCGGUAAAGCCAAGCGGACGCAGGUGGACGCGGAGAAGAAGUUCAAGCUUGAUACGCUGACAGAGCUGUUCCCAGACUGGACGAACGAGGACCUGAUCGACCUGGUCCAUGAGUUCGAGGACUUGGAAACGAUUAUAGACAAGAUCACCACGGGGGCGGUAACGAAAUGGGACGAGGUGAAAAAGCCGUCGAAAAAAGAUAGACAGCAGAAGGAGCCGGCGGGCGACGUGGAACAUAUACAUGCGGGAUCCGCUGCCGCGGCGUUCGGGGCCUCCGCGCAGGCCCAGGGCGCGCCGGCGUCGCUACAACGGUCGCAUCAUUCUGCAGGUCAUCAGAACAACGCUAAGCCGUAUCAGAGACAGAGCAAAUACAGCAACAGCCCUCGGCAAGGCAAACAGCAGCAUCAGAGAAAAGAGAAGGUGGCGAAGGAGAACCUGAAGCCUGCCGGCCAGCCGGCCAAGUCGACGGCGUCCAGCACUUCCUGGGCCGCCAUGUUAUCAAAGAAAGAGGACUCUAAGUUACAGGCGCCAGAGCAGCAACUUGAAGAACAGCCGCAGGCCCAGUCACAGGCCCAACAGACGGAGGAACCAGUAGCGAAAGAAUCUCAGACCGAGAAGAAGGUGGGACCACAGCCUGUAGCCGCACCUCUGCAUGAAGAGCAGGAUUCAAAGCCUAAGAAGAUGACCUGGGCUGCAAUUGCCUCUAAACCACCGAAACAUGCGGAAAAUGCAUCCAAAAAGCCGCAAGAGAUUCUACAGAAUGUCCAGGACUUGAAGAAAGAGAUUAAUAAAAUCGCCACAGAGGACACUGCCGUGGAGCACUCGGAAACAACAGUUACGCACUCGGAAGUGGGCGUAAAUGCCCAAGCUGAACAUGAGUCUUUCCCUAUCGAGGAUGGCGCCAGGAGUGUUGGUGCCGAUGAUACCUACUAUGCAGAAAACGUGGAUGCCACGAACGAGGACGCAGCUGCAACUGUGAACGGCAAUGCCCCAGCGGCCUCGGAAGAGGCAGCUGCCCAAGAAGACGCGUCUAACGCGAAUGCUAACGUUCCAGUUUCUCUACCGGCCGAAGCUAACCACCAGGCUUCCCAGCAAGUUUCUUUUGGCUCAGAGGAGAAGCAGCAGACUCCUCAGCAACCUUCCCAGCAGGGCGGUAUGCACGCUGGGCAGCAUGUUGUCUCGCAGGUGCCUCAAAGUGCUCAGCAUAGCUCACAGGCCGCCGCACAGACGUCCCAGCAGGUAGCUUCUCAGGCUCCUCAGCAACAGACGCCGCAGCAGGCCUACUACCAAGACACUUACACACAACAACUACCUCAGCAACAAGCUCAGGCUGCCCAAGCCCAACAAUACUACAUGAACCAGUACCAGUUCCCCGGAUACUCUUACCCGGGCAUGUUUGACUCACAAUCUGCUUAUCCUGUUUAUAACCAUCAGCAGUUUGCCGUUCCACAGCAGGGCCAACCAACAGCUCAGAGCAGCCAGAAUAGCCAACAGGCCCAGUCGCAGUCGCAGCAGCAGCAGCAGCAGCAACAACAGCAACAACAACAGCAGCAGCAGCAGCAGCAGCAACAACAACAGCAGCAGCAGCAGUAUGGUAUCCCACCCGGCUAUGUCCAGGCUGGCGAGCUCGCCGCUCAAUCCCCUGCUUCUACGCAUACACAGCCUCAGCAGCAGCCACAGUACGGCGGUUACGGCAUGCCUUACUACUUCUACCAGCAGUCCUUCCCAUACGCCCAACCGCAGUAUGGCAUGGCUGGUCAAUAUCCAUACCAGGUCCCUAAGGCUGCUUACAACUACUACCAGCCUCAGCAAAUGAGCCAGGCUGGCAACCAGGCCACUCACCAGUCCCAGUCUUCCCAGAACGACGACUCCUCUUCAGCGUCCGCUGCCAAUCCUCAACAGGGCCAGCAGGGUGGUGCAAACAGCCAGCAACAGUCCCAGGCUGCCGCAGCGCAGGCCCAGGCUGCCGCUCAGGCCCAGUUCCAGCAGUACUACCAAUUCCAGCAGCAGGCGGCGGCAAACCAGCAGGGCAUGCCAUACGGGUACUCCGGAUACGACUACACCUCUCAAACUUCGAGAGGAUUUUACUAA